AUGGGUCUAUUCGGCCACAUGCGCAUUCACGAGAGAGGAACUGACCUCAAUACCGACUCACCCAUCAUGCCAAACCCCGCGACCACUUCAUCACCCUGCGCCUACACCGCCCUUCCCGCAACUGACACCGGCACCACCGAAUUCACCUGCCCACGCUAUCCACAAUGCAUCGCACAGAGACUGGCGAAUCAGUGCCUGGGGCACCAACCUAUUCCCACCUCACUCGACUCCACUGCCCACACUGCCCUCGCAUCUUCAGGCAUCGCAUAG